AUGAUAAGAUAUAUGAAGGAGGUCCAAGGCAGAAAUAAAACAGAAGUGACAGAAUUUAUCCUCUUAGGACUCUCGGACAAUUCAGAUCUACAAAUUGUCCUCUUUGGAUUGUUUCUGUUAAUCUAUAUGGUGACCAUGGUGGGUAAUUUGGGGAUGAUUGUGUUAAUUAAGAUUGAUCCCUGUCUCCACACCCCCAUGUACUUCUUUCUCAGCAGCCUGUCUUUUGUUGAUGCCUCUUACUCUUCUUCCGUCACUCCUAAGAUGCUGGUGAACCUUUUGGCUGAGAAUAAAACCAUUUCUUUUAACGGAUGUGCUGCCCAGUUCUACUUCUUUGGCUCCUUCUUAGGGACUGAAUGUUUUCUGUUGGCCAUGAUGGCAUAUGACCGCUAUGCAGCCAUUUGGAACCCUCUGCUAUAUUCAGUUCUCAUGUCUGGGAAAAUUUGCCUUUUGCUAGUAGCUACCUCUUUCCUACCAGGCUUUGGGAAUGCAGCCAUACACACAGGAAUGACUUCCAGAUCGUCCUUUUGUGGCUCUAACAAGAUCAACCAUUUCUACUGUGACACCCCACCCCUGCUCAAACUCUCUUGCUCUGACACUCGCAUCAAUGGCGUUGUGAUCAUGGCUUUCUCCAGUUUUAAUGUCAUCAGUUGUGUUAUGAUUGUUCUCAUUUCCUACCUAUGUAUCCUUAUUGCCAUUUUGAGGAUGCCUUCUUUAGAAGGCAGGCACAAAGCCUUCUCCACCUGUGCCUCCCACCUCAUGGCUGUCACCAUAUUCUUUGGGACGAUUCUUUUCAUGUAUUUGCGCCCUACAUCUAGCUAUUCAAUGGAACAGGACAAGAUUGUAUCUGUCUUUUAUACAGUGGUGAUCUCUAUGAUAAACCCCCUCAUCUACAGUUUGAAAAAUAAGGAUGUGAAAGGUGCCUUAAAGAAGAUCUUACAGGGGCGCCUGGUGGAAGAGGGGGUUGUCAGUGUGGGAGGAAUGGGAAAACCACGUUCUUCAGUGAGAUGGCAUGUCAAAGGAGGCCUGAUGAUUUGGAAUCAGAUUCCUGAUGCCUUAGACAAGAGACAUUUUGUGGAACGACAGGUUGCAAACCUGAUCAGAGUGGCCUUGAGAGAAAACAGGCAGAGCAGAACUGCAUACAACAAGAGUAUUCAACUGUAUUGUAUAUUUAAUUGCCAAGAUGGGUGCGAGGAAUUGGAUCGUAGUACGUGA